AGUCAUUGGAAACAAGCUUAAGUCACCACCACCUCUUGAAAGGGUGUCCAGCUACUGAUCUUGCUUCCUCCGCACCCAUCGUUACCAGUUGAUCCGAACGCUUGCUUCCUCUGCAUAGACAGAUGAGCGCCCCCCUCUAUGCCUGUUAGCAACAGUAUGCGCGUGUUCGAGCCGGUAGCUGAGCCAGUAGCUGUUGACCGUCCCGCCGUUAUCGCCAAGUUCUCUGCUGCUUUCGCCGACUGCGUCAAGUUCCCGAGCUAACAUUCGCUUUACUCGAGGGAACUAGUUAGCGAGCUGCAAUAGUUUUGUCCCGCAAACAGCUAAGUGUCUAGUUAGAGAGAGAUUUUUUCCAACACAGCACACAGUUCCUGUGGACUCCCCAAAGCCCAACAAAAAGUGAAAGAUGAUGUCCGAGGAGAUUCUGCACGCGCCCAUUUUCGAGGGUAGCGAGAAGCGCAUUGAGGUGGACUUCCGCCUUGGCGCUAACUCCCCUGCGAAUGGGCUGCGCUCCCUUUCGCGCGACAUGCUGGACGAGCUGAUGACCCUGGCGCGCUGCUGCAUCGUCUCGUCGCGCAGCAACGAGCUUAUGGAUGCUUACGUCCUGUCGGAGAGCAGCCUCUUUGUCUAUCCCACGAAGUGGAUUCUCAAGACGUGCGGCACCACGCGCCUGCUCAACUCGGUGCCAAGGCUGCUGGAGGCUGCCCGUGCGAUUGGCAUGGAGCCGCGUCGCUGCAAGUACACCCGUGCCAGCUUCUUGUUCCCGGAGAACCAGCCGUUCCCGUACACGGCAUUCGAGCACGAGGUUGGUUUCCUGGACGAGCACUUCGGCCCCAUGUCCGCCAACGGCAGUACGGCAUUCGUACUCGGCGAGCCGUACCAGGGCCUUCAGUGGCACGUGUACCUGGCGGACGACAUGCAGCCCCUGGAUCCCUCCUCCUUCAAGCCCACCUACAAUCUGGAGGUGUGCAUGACGGAGCUGGGCAACGAGGCGGCGCAGCAGUUUUUCCGCAACGAGAAGUUCGUUAGCGCGGAGCAGACGACCAAGGACACGGGCAUUGCUGAUCUGAAGCCGCGUGCCGUCAUGGACGACUACGUUUUCGAGCCGUGCGGAUACUCGAUGAACGGGAUUGAGGGCACGGGCCUGAUCACGAUCCAUGUCACGCCGGAGGCGCAUCAGAGCUACGCGAGUGUGGAGUUUUCGGGCUUUGGGGAGGAUCUGGUUGAUCCGGUCAAGAUUCUGUCAAAGGUGGUUAAGGUUUUCCAGCCAGGCAAAGUCUCGGUGACCUUGUCGGUGGACAAGGUUGAUAUGGACGGGGGUGCGUGGGGCGCCCUGACUGCGCUUCCCGCGGGUUACGGCCUGCAGGGGGUUGCCAGCCAGGUGUCCCCAUGCGGCGGCAAGGUGGCGUACUACACGCUAGCUGAGAAGCUAGCGACCCCUGGGUCGCCCACCACGCCGCUGCACCACGCCGCGUCCUUCCUGUCGGUUGUCACGACGUCUUCGGACUCGGAGGCGGACAACAACAGCGAGCCUGAGCAGGAGAUUGCCGCCUGUUAAGCCCUGAAGGUGUUUAGAUGAUGACUUGAGACGUGUGGGGGGUCCCUUGCCUAUCUGGGUUGAUGUAUCCGACACACGUAUCGUCAUUUGAAGGCGCCAGUCGGGCAGUGACAGAAUUUUUGAUUUGAAAUUUGGAUCACCCACGUUGUAUCUUUGCUUCGGUGGCGGCGCAUGUCAUGCGGUUGGUUGCCUGUCUUCAGGUGGUGGUUGGGGAUUUCUUGGUCUCCAGGCUUUCCCCCGCAUGUGUGCGUGCCGUGCCGGAGACACCGAGCAAUGACAGGGCUGUUGGCGGAAGGGGUGCCGUAUAAUUUUCAACAUUACACAUCCGCGUCUUUGCGAGACUUUCUCGAUGCGGCGGCACUUCUGGAUGUCUGUGCUGUGCUUGUGGUGCUGUGUGUGAUUUCUGGUCGCGCCCUUUUGCUUGAUCUGGACGCACCAAGAAUAAUAAAAUUUUAGGGUUUAAUUGUUAGUUUGCCGGGACAAGCAGCCGCUUCCUUUUCCCUCGAGGCGUAUCACCAUGCACCUCUAGGGUUUGUGUCUUUUGCGUGUUGCAUUUGUAUGAGAUAGUACUAAUAGCCUUUCAGCGUCCCAGUUGCCGUUGGAUAACACUUGCUACAUGAAUCAUGCCGUGCCCAUGCGUUUUCCCUAUCUUGAUCAGGAAGCAGGAGAGUUUUUUGAUAGGGCCUAAAUGUGAGUUUUUCCCGUCCUUCGAAGGUGUCUCUGCGUCGUGCCAAGCUCUUUGCUGUCUGCGCGCGCAAGAUGACAUGUGGCUAUUUAGAGAAAUGCAGGCGUGUUUGUGGAACGGCGUCCCGAUGCAAGCAGAUCUAUUUGUUGCAGGCGUGUUUUCUAGGUGAACAAAUCCAAACGAUGGUGGGAACAGCGGCGUGCGCCGAGACGCGCUGUUUUUUGCACGGACGUGUUAUUGGAGAUGUAGCGGAGGAGGGCUUUCCGUCUGAAAUGGGAGAUCUAGGAAUGGAAUGGGAGAUUCGUUGCCUUGUA